GCUCCCACGGGCGCCGCUCCGGCCGACGCGCGUCCCCACUGCCACCUGGGCCGCCGGCAGGCAGGCGGCUCAGGAGCCUCACCUUGAUCCAGACCUCCUUCGGCUGUGGUCACCCUGGGACUGCAGCUGGGAACAAGAGGGACACAGAUGUGACUAGACAGGGACCCUAGCUGUACCCUUGCCAGAGCUUAGCAGUCAUCAUCCAAAGAUCUGGGUGUGAGUCCCCAGGCCAGUCCCUUCCCCUCCUGGAGCUCAGUUUCCCUGUAGGUAAAAUGGGUGUGGCCGGCCUCCCUGCAGGCUUGUUGCUAGGACAGCUGAGAAGGAUGCUGACAGUGUCCUCUGUCUCCCUGCAGACGGAGGCCCAGGAGCCAUGGGCGACUGGGGCUUCCUUGAGAAGCUGCUGGACCAGGUCCAGGAGCACUCGACCGUGGUGGGCAAGAUCUGGCUGACGGUCCUUUUCAUCUUCCGCAUCCUCAUCCUGGGCCUGGCUGGCGAGUCAGUGUGGGGCGACGAGCAGUCGGAUUUCGAGUGUAACACGGCCCAGCCAGGCUGCACCAACGUCUGCUAUGACCAGGCCUUCCCCAUCUCCCACAUCCGCUACUGGGUGCUGCAGUUCCUCUUCGUCAGCACGCCCACCCUGGUCUACCUGGGCCAUGUCAUUUACCUGUCUCGGCGCGAGGAGCGGCUGCGGCAGAAAGAGGGGGAGCUGCGGGCACUGCCGGCCAAGGACCCACGCGUGGAGCGGGCACUGGCAGCCAUAGAGCGACAGAUGGCCAAGAUCUCGGUGGCGGAGGACGGUCACCUCCGGAUCCGUGGGGCGCUGAUGGGCACCUAUGUGGCCAGCGUGCUCUGCAAGAGUGUGCUAGAAGCAGGCUUCCUGUACGGCCAGUGGCGUCUCUAUGGCUGGACCAUGGAGCCUGUGUUCGUGUGCCAGCGCUCACCCUGCCCCUACCUCGUGGACUGCUUUGUCUCACGCCCCACGGAGAAGACUAUCUUCAUCAUCUUCAUGCUGGUGGUUGGACUCAUCUCCCUGGUGCUCAACCUGCUGGAGCUGGCGUACCUGCUGUGCCGCUGCCUCAACCGGGGGAUGAGGGCCCGGCAGAGCCAGGACACGCCCCCAGCCCAGGGCACCUCCUCGGAGCCUUAUGCUGACCAGGUCUUCUUCUACCUCCCCAUGGGUGAGGGGCCCUCAUCCCCGCCCUGCCCCACCUACAAUGGGCUCUCGUCCAGUGAGCAGAACUGGGCCAACCUGACUACGGAGGAGAGGCUGGCUUCUUCCAGACCCCCCCUCUUCCUGGACCCGACCCCCCAGAGUGGCCGGAAAUCCCCCAGUCGCCCCAGCAGCUCUGCUUCCAAGAAACAGUAUGUAUAAGAGCCCGGGAAGUCUUGCUGCCUUUAGUGCAAGACUGCAGAGAUGACUGGGGCUGGGGAAGCAGGUGCUUGCUGGCCAGAAAGCCUCACUGCGUGUUGUUCUUGAACACCUGGGGCCUUCCUGGUGACCGGAGGGCACCAUAGUUUCCCCUCCAGAAUGUGGCUUUGUCCCAGGCACAGACAGAGGCAGCUUGGGGUGCUCUUGGCCAAAUGUGUUUGGGCCCUGUGGUCUUUUUCACCGUGUUCAAAGGGACUCGGAGACAACUUCCUCCACCCCCACCCCCACCCCCUGGAAGAUUCACCUCUGCCCAGGUUGUCCACACACCCUGUCCUCACAGAAAAAGGCUGGUCGAGGCUGCUGGGUCAGCCUUGAUCCCACACACAGACGGGGCCUGUGCUGGGUCUGGCCCUGUCAAGGGGACUGGGGUCUUGUUCUCAUCACUCCUUCCUAGUUCUGCUGUUUGUCCUUCUGAAAUAAACAGGACUUGACCACAAGCGAGGUGUGUAUUGAUA